GGAGGUUCAGUGGAGACGCCGGUUCUGUCCCAGGGAGGAACACACACCCAACACACACGCACAGGGAGGCUCUUUUUAACGCUCUGCCUGUCGACACACGCUGGAGAAGACCUGAUCCGGCGGCUCCGCAUCCGCACCUCUGCGGGGGAAUGCGCUAGUAUCGGUGCGCGCGCGCGCGCGAGAGUGUGUGUAUGCGCUUACGCUCUCACAGUGACGCCCAGGGAUGCCGUUUUCAUGAGCAAAAGGCAUCGUUAGCCAUGUCGGCACGGAUUACAAACACCCCGACCUCACCAAUGCAGCCUGCUUCCUAGGAGACUCGGCGAAGGAGAGAGACCCGGGUUCGAGGGGCUGGGAGGGGGGCAUGGAGGUUGGCGACCGGGCUGCGCGCAGCGGUUUUUAUUUAUAGCACCAUCCAUCCGAGGAGCCCGUUUGUCCAGGGUCUGACCGGUCUAAAAGAUGAACUCGUUGCUCUUUUCCGAGCUGUGCGGAGCGGCCGCGGGUCCGAGGAGCGGGGGUUCGGGGGUCGCAGUGACCGCCGCUCUGCGGAACGACCUGGGCUCCAACAUCCACGUCCUCAAGACGCUGAACCUGCGCUUCCGCUGCUUCCUCGCGAAGGUGCAUGAGCUGGAGCGCAGGAACAAAGUACUGGAGGCGCAGCUCGUGGACGCGCUCGCGCGGCAGCCGUCACGAGCGGCUCGCACCCGGGACCAGGCGGUCCAGACCGAUCAUCAUCAUGUACCCCAGUCGGAUCUGGGAGCGACAUCCGGAUCGCUCGUUCACUCCAGGCUGCCCGGCACUAUCUGGAGCUUCACUCACAUCAGGAGGCACGGAGAGAGGUUCGAGACCCUUCAUGGGCCCGGGGUCACGUGGACGCACCCGGACGGGGUCGGGGUCCAAAUUGACACCAUCACCCCGGAGCUGAGGGCGCUGUACAACGUGCUGGCCAAAGUGAAGAGGGAGAGAGACGAGUACCGGUUGAAAUGGGAGGAAGAGCUGUCCAAACGUGAACAGAUGGAGUCCAUAGUCACGUCUCUUCAGGAGAGUGCUCAGGAGUCAGAGGUCAUCCGGGACCAGCUGAACGAAAAGGUGGAGAAGCUGAAGGCUGAGCUCGUGGUGUUCAAGAGCCUCAUGUCAGAUCAAAUGUCUGACCUGGACACCAAGAUCCAGGAGAAGGCCAUGAAGGUGGACAUGGACAUCUGCCGCCGCAUUGACAUCACAGCCCGGCUGUGUGACGUGGCCCAGCAGCGGAACUCCGAGGACAUGUCUACCACGUUCCAGAUGGGCCCGGUCAAAGCCCCAGCAGAGCAGAGCAAGGGCGCUGUGGCAUGUCUGAAGAAAAACCUCAAGGUCACACUGGACAAUGAAAGUUCGGAGAUGGACGCGGACCCUAGUAACUCUGAGGAAGAAGUGGCCGGGUCUCUGAACAUCACGGACGAGAUGAAACGAAUGCUCAACCAGCUGAGAGAAACGUUUGACUUUGACGACGACUGUGAUAGUCUCACGUGGGAGGAGAAUGAGGAGACUCUCCUGCUGUGGGAGGACUUUGCCAACUACAACACCCCUGCCGCGAUCGCCGCCACUGCGGACUGCCAGGGGGACGGAAUGGACCCCGACUCACAGGAGGGAAGCUUGAGGAGCCUUAUUGACCAGACAGAGUCGCUUUUCAAGAGCAGAGAGGAGGAGUACCAGGAGACCAUUGGCCAAAUUGAGAUGGAACUGGCUUUAGCGAAAAGUGACAUGAACCGCCACCUCCACGAAUACAUGGAGAUGUGCAGCAUGAAGAGAGGCCUGGAUGUGCAGAUGGAGACCUGCAGGAGGCUCAUGAGGAGGUCUGGGGGAAGUGGCAGAAACUCUCCAUCUUUCAGUUCAGCGGGGAGCAGCGACUCAGGGAACAUGGACGAGAUCCCAGAUGAGCUGGAGAAAGACGUCGAAGAAGGUCCCAUCAGCUGAUGAACCUUCCUCUUCCGCCCAGUCUUCCCUUUCGGUCCAAGGAGGAGAAGAGAGACGCACACACGCACACACGCACGCAUGCACACACACAAAAGCCGUACUCCUCCGUCACUGGCGGUUCUCUCUUUUGGAGGACAGCUCACACACCGUGGUUAUUGGUGCUUUUCGUCUUCCUGUUCUGUGCCGAAUGGGGCGACCCGUCUCCUGCUUGCCCAGCGUUAACCUAAGGAACUCCACACUGGAGGACGUUCUGGCCGCGCUCCUGUUCUGGGCACUGCCUGGCCGCAACUCCCGCAACGCUCCGCUCGGAUGUCCCAUAGAGAAAAUUACCACGCUCUUGGAGGAAUGGACCGUGAGGAAGUCGGCAGAUUAGAAUACAUCGGGCAACUUGUGGUAUUCAGACAAUCGUAGGAUGCAGUCGGUCGACCAGCCGUAUGGGUUAAACCGUGUCAAUGGUUGGGUCCAGCUGACCUGCAGGGUCAAGGCCAGGACCAGAGAUGUUUGGGGUAGAAUGAGGAGGUGAGCAAAUGUGCACACAGGCCAGGGAUGACCCCCCCACCGCGUGGAGGCCGGAGGGCAGCCUCGGGGCGGUCGGGUCCCGCAGUGCCUGCCGAGCGCAGCCCGGCCCCCGCUCAAGUUCUCACAGCACUGUGUUUCAGUACUAUGCAAUAAGCUUGCCUUACGUUGGACUAGACCUCUUAAUUAUAACGCAAUUAUUGUUUGCCUUAUUCUUUUUCCGGGCAGGAGAUACACCUUUGCGAACCAUGUGGCUCCGACAACGUUUCUAUGCAGAAAUAUACAUGUGAGCUGCACAACGUUUACUUAUUCGGACAACAUGCGGAGCAGAGUCCGCAGAAAUAAAAAACAACUAUGUAUUUAUUUCAAAGUGUACGAUCGUGUGCCUACUAAUAUGUUGCAAACAAUCUGUUUUGAUUGCCUUAUCGCGUUUUCCUUCGUUAACUGUAAAUACAUUUCUAAGGCUUUUGCAUAUGUAUAACUGAGUGAAAAUCGACAUCUGGAUUUCUAUUAUUCUUCACGGGUACCGUUUGCGCUUGUAAGGUUUAAUGGUAAAGUCAGGGGAAGUAGAAAAUAUGCUAUUGUAGUCUGUUAUUAACGGUAAAAAUGGCAACCAAAUGAAUUCUCGUUUAUGAAUUACGUUGGAUUCAGUCAGUCGGACACUUUCAUUCCAAAUCCAAGGUGUGAUUGUCCAUUUAGUGGUCAUUUUAUGUCAGAAAACUCAUCGAUUAUUUGUACUGAAGCCUUCAGAAUAGUUGUGUUGCCAAGUGAAAUGUUUGCGUUUAUUUGCAGUGCUUCCAGAAGCUCACAGCUCCACACAUCUUCUGAAAUGUUUUUUUUAUUCUAUUACUAUGCUGUAUAUAU